AUGCCUGUGGUGGACACUGAGAGUCCACUCGACCUCAAGAUUGAACCGAGCUACACACCGACAGACGACAUUAGUGUUGCUUCCCCAUCGCUGAACCCGGAUGAUGAUAAGUCACAGAGUCAGUCAGGCGAGCCAUUCAUGUUCUGUACGUAUUGUGCCGAACAGAAGAGCCAGAAGACGUUCAAAGCAAAGUCUGACUGGAAGAAACAUGAGAUGAGGAUGCACGAGACUGGAGAAGACUGGCCUUGUGUCGUCAACGGUUGCAACCGCAUUUUCGACCGACAGAAAGAUUUCAUCAAGCAUCAUCAACGCUACCAUGCCGGUCGACCCCUGCCGUCACUGACAGACAUUGGCAUCACGUUGUUGCCGCGAAGAGUGUUUGGUUGCGGGUUUGACAAGUGUAAAGAAGUCAGCAUCGGUUGGGAUGAGCGAUGCGACCACGUCGCGAAGCACAUGAAGAAUGGCGCGACGAUGGACCAGUGGAAAUACUCUAAUGUGAUCAGGAACCUAAUACGACAGGAAGCUCUCCACGACACAUGGAAAGAGCUUAUCGGUUGCCUGGACGAGAGAUUGCGAGAGAGUCGGUCGCAGAUUAGUUGGUGUCCCGACAACUCGCGAAUCCUCCGACAGAAGCUCCAGUGCUGUGACCUUCGACCAAGCCGGGAAGAGGUUUUGAUUACCGCCUUGAGUCUACGCGCUGAUAUACCCCUGGACCCAGUGCAUCAACAGCUACCCACUGGCUUCGUAACACCCUCAAGAGAUUCUGUCCCGCAUGUUGAGAAGCUGUCGCGCGAGCAGCGAAUGCACAUACUCAUCGGGAACUCCAACCCACAUCACUCAAGAGCGCGGCUCGCGAGCAUCAACGCAGCUUUGCUGCGCAUUUGUAGUUCGUUGGCGCACGUGCCUGACUAUGAUUGCGGCUCGUCUCCAUUUGUGGAGCCGCAGACGCCUGGUGCGCCCGCAGUGGAUACGGCCAGCCGCCGUAUCAGUUAUAUGGACGUGGACCCUGGAGAUUACCUGGACGUAGCGCAACCGGCUAUUCCUGAACUCCCACCGGCUAUGACGACAUCCACAAUGCAUACACCCCAUGCACACCCCACGCCAGUCAUGGAUCACGAGCAGCACACACAGUUGUACCAACAGGAGUACAUGGAUCAAGUCAAGGCCACACCCAACCCACUGGAAUCACUGUAUCCCAACUACUUCGGUGCUGCUCCCCAGUUCGAAGAGUCGCAGUACUACGACCGCCCGUCGUUCGGUCAAAUGAUAUCGAAGCCGCUCCACAAGAUAGGCAGUCGGAUAAGCAGCUCAAGAGGCAGCUCUUCGAAUCAGCGACCAUCAUCGCAGAUGAGUCAAGCUUCGUCAGAGAUGCUUCCUGACUAUAGUGUUGCCGCAAUGGGCAUGCGGACAUUUGCCGGAGACAUCGACAACGAACUUCUUGCGAAUACGUCUGUUGCGGACUUUCAUAGUCGUUACCAUCAACGCCAGUCGAUUCCUACUCGUCUUGAUAUCCGGAAUGCUCUACCUCCUCUGCAUCAGCUACACGUUAUAUCGCAAUAUAAAAAGAAUGGUGUUACCGACUCGAUGGAUACGCUUCCAUCUGACAUCAAGGGCUACCUUUUGAGCAACAUCGAGACCUAUCUGCUCAAUCACAUCGAAGACGCCGAUAUCACAGCCUCCGGACUGCCGAAUUUCAUACAUAAGGUCACGGAUAAGCUCAUGGAGUUCGCUACCGCAGGUACUGAUCGUUCUGUUCUACGACAGGGCCAUCUGAAGGCACUUAUCCAUGGUUUAGUCCUUACAAAUGAAGUUGCCCCACGGACUAUGUUCGAAAUAAAACCAUUGCCGUUGGACUCCGUCUUUACAACAAUGUCCAGACCCGGUUCGCGCAGCAUAGCGGAAAGGGAACGGGACCAUCUCAACUCCGCACAAGAGAACGUCAACGACAUGCUGGCAGCAGCAGCUAUGGUAGGGAGUCUCGCAGCUGUUCGUCACUACAUUUCGCAAUCUGCUGAGGUCAUUGACUGGUUCCCCAAAUACUUUGCUGGCUUUGGUAACCCUGUAACCGCGGCAGCCUGCAGUGGAAAUAUCGAAGUUCUUGAGUAUCUGCUCAUAGAAGUCAACAAUGAGCUCACGAAGCGGCGUUUCGCUCGGAUACAGCACGGUCGUAUCACCCGUUGCGGUCCACUCACAGAGACUAUCACUUCCGCAAUAAGAGCCGCAGUUCGGACCGGAAAACUGAGGGCCGUCGUCACACUGUUUAAUUUCUUGCCAAGAUGCCGCGUUGAAAUACCAGCGCAUAUGAAGUCCCGGUCACACUACCUUGCCGAUGCCAUGAGGUGGGGACACAUGGACGUGUUCAUAUGGCUCAUGGACCAAUGGAAUCCUCUCAUCGCCGACCUGCCCUAUUGGAAUGCCCUGACUGCAGGCUUACGUCUUGCGGUCAAACAUGGUCAUACCAACAUUGUGCAAUACGUCUUCGACAAAGGUUUGGUACAUCCAGAUGAUGCGGACGUCAACACUGUGCUCAUCGCUGCGACACACGGUCAUCGCGCUAUCAUACAACUGGCGCUCGACCAAGGCGUUCAGCUUGCGAUGCAGGACCUCAUCGCGGCGCUGAACGGAUCACUUCCCUUGCUUAUCACCCAAUAUCUUGUGCUUCACAACGUUCCACUCACGUCUGUGAUCAACGAGGAAGAUGGAAGGUCGAUCACUACUUCCAUCGUUCCUGUAGUCGAAGCGCUCUGUCGAGAAUCUAUCCACAUUCCUUUCGGCGAUUACAACGAGGUUCGAGGCAAGGAAAAGGUGCUGGCGCUCAUACUCUUGGCGAGCGAGAUGAGACGACAAAUUCCAGAGCUUACGUUGGACAACUGUGUUGAGCUCAAGAAGGUGUUCGAUAGGCUGGUCAGAGAGUGUGUGUCCUUGCCAAGGGGGUCAAUUCCGUAUCUUGAGAUGGUUGAAGAGCUGCACAGCUGGAUGGAGUGGGGAGAUGGACGAGAGUGGGCAAAUUGCGAAGUCUAG